CAGAGGGCGAGUUGCCGGUCUCAGCUGACGAUAGAUCAAGGGCGAUUAUAAUGCUAAUGUCGUUCCUUCCAUCUCAUCUCUUGCCUCGAAAAUUUCACCCUCUUUGAGCAUUCUCCGGUUUUUCCUGGAGCCAUCUACUCUCAAUCUCUUGCUGUAGACUCUUAUCUGCCGACGUUCAACCUUCAGAAGUCCUCAGCAGCCGACCAUCACGAAUCCAAUCAACCUUCCUGAAAGCCGCUUGUAAUUCACCACCAACAACAGCAACUGCAUCGACCUGGAGUUCCUUCACCAUGACAACCAUCACUAGGUUCAUGUCUCUCAUCCUGUUCGCGGCCUUCGCUCUGGUGGCGUCGGCCGCACCUUAUCGUUCCGACGACAACACCAUCACGGACGUCAUGCAUCGCCGCACACCAGCUCCCAUUCAGGGUUCUCCCACCCGCGACGCCAUGGCUUCGGCCUGUACUAAUGGCACGCCGGCUUCCAAGCAGCAUCCCGCGGGCUACCCAAUCAACAACUACACGGUGGUGACUCCGGAUGGCAACAGCAUGACUUCGUACACGAUCACGGAGGACUGGUACGGUGACCACUUCGUGUCAGGCCCGCACAUCAUGAACUUCAACCACAAAAGCGAUCCGUACGGCCCGUUCAAGUGCCAGUACACGUGCAAUGCCAAUGGCAACUGCAACGCCUACUUUGUCUGGUACGAGGACGUCGGCACCGACCACGAGCACCUCAAAUGCGUGCUGUUCGAUGCUAUUAUCCCGCCCUCGGUCUUCGUCGAGGUCACUGGCACCAUCGCCUCGGGUGCAUAUGACAGGCUCUGCGACCACUCAUCUUAGACCACGGCCGGUGUAGGUAGUCUGCCCAGUUUCCGGGCGGUGGACGGGACCUUUGAGUUGUGAGACCCAAUUCCUUCAGAGAGGUCCCUGGAGCAACUUCUUCUCAACCUCUAAGACGCAGGGAUCGGUGGUAACUACUUCAUCAUGCUGUAUGCGCCAAAA